AUGGUAAUGUGGAUUUUUAGGAAAAUUAUGGCCUUCCUUCAUGGUGGAAAUAGAUGGGGGAAGGAGACACAAGGACUGGGUGAGAAUCAGCCUGCUACAGAGACUGGAGAGGAGGAGGAAGAUAAAGGUCCACCAACUCAGCCUGUUGCUCUGAGGAAUUGUUUUCACCUGCAGAGGAACAGUAUCCUUGAGAAGCUCAUCAAAAGCUGCCCAGUUUGGCUUCAGUUUGGCAUCAAUCUGGAAAAGGCUUCUGACAUACUCUGCAAGGAACCAUCGGGGAUAUUUCUGGUUCGGAAAGAUGAGACCUUGAAAAAUCUAUUCCUGUUAGUUCAUUUUCCAGCCCAGAAAGAGGGAUGUGACAUUCUAGAAUACAAGAUAAAAGAAGAAAAAUCAUUAUUGCACCUGGAAGGAUCUCUUCUUGUGUUUGAAGACAUCUUCAAAUUGGUGGCAUUCUACUGUGUCAGUAGAGAUCUCCUUCCGUACACACUAAGAUUGCCACAAGCAAUAUUGGAAGCCAGUAGUGCCAUAGAAUUAGAAACCAUCUCUGAUUUGGGGAUAGGUUUCUGGAACUCCUCUUUGCAUCAGAGGCAAGGAAGAAGGCUUCUCCAUUCUGUGAAAGAUCCUGCUUACAUCACAGCUCAGGCAAAAAAAGGAAAGAACCCCAGCCAGCCUUUUGCAAGCGGCACAAACAAUUGUUCAUGUGAAACUGAGCUGUCAGUAGGAAGUGACAAGCUGUGGUUUGUAAAUCCUAUUUUUAUAGAGGAGAGCAGCUAUCCGUUUCCCCCACAUGUUUCUCCUUCAGAGAUCUUCAGGGAGAGUCCUUCUGGUGGUAGAAACAUUGUGACAAAACUUCCAAAGAGGUCUCCUACUCGACAGGAUCAGUUCCAUAAUUUGGAGAAAACCAAAAAAGAGAUGAAAACUGAAAUGAGCAGAGACAAGGAAGAGAGCCGCCCAGAACUCUUUUUUCCUCAUAGCCUUCCAUCUCCAAAGUCGAAGAAGAUUCCUCCAUCCAUUCCACCAAGGCGAUGUUCAUCUGAGAGAACUUCAGGAAAUUCUUCCUUCGAUAAAAGUCAGAAAACUUCACUGCCAGAAGAAAAACAAGUAGAAAAACAGAACAGGGGGAAUGAAGCUUUGGCUAAUGAUCACCAGUGUGAUGAGGCUCCAAAUGUAUUGGCAGAAGUGACGGAGAAAUCUGCCCCAAAUGCUGAAAAAGUAAAGCCUGCUGGAGAGGACAAGAAGGAACUUACAGAACAGCUGCAGAAUUUAUCAGGAAAACCCCCCCAGCCUCCCAUCCAGCCUCCCAUCCCACCGCUAAGAAAGAAGAAGUUCUUUAAGCAGUCAUCAUCUACCACCUCUUUUUUUUUGGAGCACAAGGACACUGAAGAGUCAGAGGCCCAACAAGAAAACAAACAAAGAGUAGAAAAAACUUGCUCCAUUUCCAAAAAGAAAUCAAAAUCUGGCCUUAAACUUGUCAGCAUAUCGGAUUCUGAACGUUCAAGUGAUUCAUUGCAUUGUCCUGUAGGCAAUGCAAGGGCUCAAAUGUCUGCCUCUGAGCCAGAUUCUUAUUCUACAAGUAGCACUGAAGAUGAGUUUGAAUUGAUGACCAGUCCUACUGUGAAGAAGACCCGUUCUAUGAUGUUAGGCAGAGCCAAGCGUCGUCUGUCCAUGGUCAGCCUAAGCAAUGUCUUCACGGCAUUUCUCUCUUCUGACCGAAAGAUCCAGAAGAAGAUUGUGGAACUGGCCCAGGAUAAAGACUCUUACUUUGGCAACUUGGUACAGGACUAUAAAGUCUACAGUCUGGAGAUGAUGGCAAAGCAGAUCUCCAGCACAGAAAUGCUACAAGAGAUUCGCUUAAUGAUGACACAAUUGAAGAGUUACUUAAUUCAAAGUACAGAGCUGAAAUCUUUAAUGGACCAGACUGUUCACACAGAUGAGAAGCUAGAGGUGAUAAUAGAAUCAGCUUUGCACAAAUGUGUCUUGAAGCCUUUAAAAGGGCCCAUUGAUACUUACCUACGGGAAAUCCAUAACAAAGAUGGAUCUUUCAAACUCCUAAAGGAAAAUCAGGAAGUCAUCCAAAAUACAACUACAACCGACUUGGGAGUCACUACUAGUGUGCCUGAAUCUGCAUUGCUGGAGAGAAUACUCCAUAAAUUCACCACCAUGACCAAGACUUAUUCUCCAGAAAAAAAAAUCAGCAUUCUACUGAAGUCUUGCAAACUCAUUUAUGAUUCUAUGACUCAAGGAAACCCAGGUACUAUAAGACACCCUUAAAAAACCCAGCCAUACUUUUUUAAUA